UGAUGGUACGUUAAUGCAGCAAUUUGCAUGUUUUUUUUCUUUCUUUCUUUUUUUAUCGCUAUUGAAAGUGAUUGAAGACUAAAAUACUUUUCGUUGUUUGUGAAAAAAAGGAGCGAACAUCUGGUUUCUUCCAUGAUGAACAGCCCUGUGUCAGAAGUAAUUAUUAAUCAAUACAGACAGGGCUGGGAUGGCACUGUGGAGACUUCAGAAAGACAGAUCUCUCCUGGGACAGACAGUGAUGUCCCUGACAGGACUCUCAUCACAGCAGGAUCCCUUUACGAGGUCAGUGUGUCGGGGAUUCUUCCUCAUCCUCACCAGCAGACUGUCCCAUCAGAGAUGUUGUACCCUGCCAACUUCAGGUUCCACUGUCCAUGUCAGUCUGCUCAGUGUCAGCUGACAUGUCCAGAAUACAUCGUGGAGCUCCAGUCAAGCCAGUACCACGUCCUGACUGGCCCUGUUCCUGGUCCAUCAGACGGCCAACAUCACAGCUCAGUUUCUGCUUCCUGGUUUUCUGAAGAACCCAUUCUCUCCAACAUGGUGGCUGAUUUGCACAAACCUGUAGCCAUGGACCCACAGCAAUUUCAGGAAGGUGUGGCGCACAAUGCCUCUGGAGAUGGGCAAGAGAUAUUCCUUCAUCCCUGUAACAUGAGCUCUGUGUUUCACACCAUGGAAUCUGCACCAACACACGGAGACGGUGGAACAACUCCGGGGAAAGGUGUCACUGAGUUGGUGACUGACCUGCAGUUUCCUCAGGACCACACAGUUUGUUCCCUCCACGAGUGUCGAGCUCAGACAGCCAACGUCCAGCCUCCAGGGUCCAUUCACAGAUCUGUUGAAGCUUCAUGUGAGCAGAGAUCCAGGAAAGCCUGCCACUGCACCAGAUCCCAGUGCCUGAAACUGUACUGUGAGUGUUUUGCUAAUGGAAUGAUGUGCAGCAGCUGUAACUGCUCCAACUGCCACAACAACACAAAGCAUAAUGAUGAGCGUGAGAAGGCGAUUAAGUUGUGUUUGGAUCGGAACCCCAAUGCCUUCAGACCAAAGAUUGCUGGUGGGAGGUCAGGAGCAGCCCAAGGUCGGCACAACAGAGGCUGUAACUGUAAACGCUCACACUGCCUGAAGAACUACUGUGAAUGCUACGAGGCCAACAUCAUGUGCACCUCCAGUUGUAACUGUGUCGGCUGUCGUAACUAUGACGACAGAUCACAAACGGCUGUUAAAGAGGAGACAGGACGAGUGAAGAGCAGGUGUCCUACAGCAGUGAUAACUCCUGCUGUUGUGGAGACUGUGUGUUGCUGUCUGCUAGCUAAGGCAGAGGAAGCUGAGAGGGCGGCCCGGGCCCCGGCCGUGGCGGAGCACCUGGUUCUGGAUGAGUUUGGAUUAUGUCUGUCACAGAUCAUCCUGGCGAUGUUCGGGUCUGCUCCACAAUGAAGCCUCACAGACGGGACACUCAUUGUCUUCUUGUGCAGCAGCUUAUAGAGGUGCUGGGUUUCCAGAGGUUCUUUGUUUAUAGAUGUUCUGAGUUCUAAGUUGUAGUUUUUGAACUGUUCUGCUCUGUUUAAAACUUAAGUUAUUUUAUUACAAAUGACUAAAAGUUCUGUUUCUGGGUUUUGUAUUAAACAGUGUUAUUUCAUUUAUUAUAAGUGGAGUGUGAUGUCUGAUUAAUGAUUGAUGAAUGAAACUGUUCCAAUGCACCAUGUUCAAACUUUAACAUUUUACUGUUUUUUUAUUUAUGUAGAGUUUUUUUUUAAGUUUUUUAUAAUUUACAGC